AUGACCAAAUUUUUCCAUUUUCCUAUUCCAACUCAGGUAUCAUCGCGUGAUAAGCCAUUCUCUCGUCAGUCCAGCAAUACCAGCAAAUCCUCCUCAGUAUCCAGCCAGGCUGGUUCCACGGUGCCGUUCUUUCGGGUUUCCUCGCACAAUGACGAGCGCUGGGGUGCCUUAUCCACUGACGCAUCUUCCUCAGCCACGUUCGAGUGGAAAACUCGUCAUGCUAUCUCCUGUGUCGAGCCCCCUCUCCUGCCGCUGCUUCAGAUCUCAGAAAGCAGCAAUUCUGACCUUCGCGAGGCCGUCGCGUUGGCAACAGUUGGUACGUGUCCUACAUCAGUAGCCGUGCCUAACUUGGGCAUUGAAACACUUCGUCUGCCUGGACGCAUUUGCAGCGAUGACAGAUCCGGCGGAUCAGCAUCAGGACACGAUUACGUUGGUGCUGGACUAGGCUUGGGAGGAGAAGGAGGAGGAGGGGGGGAAGGGGGAGCAGGAGGAGGAGGAGGAGGAAGCUUGACAAGUGGUACUGCAAUGACCAAUCUGGGAGGUAUUUCUGUUGGAGGCUCAUGCAUUGGAGGCCUGAGUGUUGGUAAGCGUCUCCUUUCGCCCAUCGACGCCUCUCCCACGGGCGGUAGCCAAGAGGCUGGGCAGCGUGGAUUGGCCGGUUCUUUGCGUAGCAGCCUUGAUGACCUUCGGAUUGGCAGCAGAAGAUUCGCCGGUCUCGACGACGAUGACAUUGCGAAUAGAGGCUGCGGUGACGAUUGUCAGCUGAAAGAAGAAGCCUCCACCAGAUUGAUGCUAACUCAACCAGCUAGAAGCUCACAGCGCAGACUCAGUUUAUUUACUCUCAACGAUGCUAAUCAGUCAGACAACGCGACACUGUCGAGUCCAUCUUUUCUGGCUUCUGCAAUUAGCGCGUUGACGGUGCCGACAGAUGAUGCAAACCAUUUGACUCAUUUAGAGGCCGGUCCGAUGUUGGGUCGGACUGCAGGUGCAGAACGUCGUGAUCGUCUCGCGGCAACGCAUACAUCACGACUGGAUGUGGCUCGAAGCCAAUUAAUCGCGGGUCAAAGUGGUACAGGAGCUAAAUCAGGUGAAAACGCCUAUCUUCUCGACUGUAAUCAUGGCAAAAACACCAACCAGAAUAAGAAUAAGAGCCAAGUUCAUAGUCUGGCCGGUAACACCGACCUGACAAUAGCCGACAACAGCACCUCUUGUCUUCUGUUGCCUUCUACGACUGGUACAGUUAACGCUACCACUGGGGGGAGCAAUAGUGUUCGUCUUCUCUUCUCCACAUCUCAGGCACAAAGGCGUAAAAGUAGUGGGGAUCUACUCUCCAAUUUUUUCACCCAAACCGUUUCUGGCUCCAGCAGAGCAGCUACUGCAGCCGCCACGGUCGCCAUGACAGCGGCUACAGCCGCGGGAGCACUACGACGAACCAGUGUGGUCGGAGGCGGUUGUACUUCUGAAGAGCCGUUGUUGGUGCAAUUGUUGCGGCGGCAACAUCGACGCACUCUACGCAUUCUGGUCACCCUCUUGCUCGGCUUCAUCGUGUGUCGGGCUCCUAAGGCGGUGGCACUUCUGCUCGCCUGGCUUUCGACACCGACAAUCACCAUCACAACAACCUCGUUCUCCACUUCUUUGCCAUCCUCAUUCGGUUGUCUCUUCUCGACCUCCUCUGUCACAGGCGCCUGGAUGCGCUACGCCAGUCUGUGGGUCUACACUAGCGCAUUGGUAGAUCCGAUUGUUUACGGCUUCUGGGGAAAUCGUACCUAUCGGAUACAAAUUCACCGAUGGUUGAGCAGACGUUGCCGUCAUGCCUAA